AUGGUAAAUACAAAGAAAUUCAGAGGUGUCCGGCAGCGUCAGUGGGGCUCUUGGGUGUCCGAGAUUCGCCAUCCUUUACUGAAGAGAAGAGUGUGGCUAGGCACGUUCGAGACGGCGGAUGCGGCUGCGAGAGCGUAUGACCAGGCGGCCGUUUUGAUGAACGGACGGAAUGCCAAGACCAAUUUCCCCUCUGUUGAAGUGGAUGAGUCUCAAAUGCCGUCCAAUACUCUUUCUGAGAUUCUCAAUGCUAAGCUUAGGAAGUGUUGCAAACACCAAUCUCCAUCACUCACUUGCCUUAGACUCGACACUGAUAAUGCUCAUAUUGGAGUGUGGCAAAAACGUGCAGGGGCUCGUCCGAGUUCCAGUUGGGUCAUGAGGGUUGAGCUCGGGAAUAGCAAGAUGAUUACACCGGGGCCGGCGUUAUCGCCGGGAUCGUCAUCAAUGCCUAAUGUAGCUGAUAAUACUGAAGGGGAAAGUCAUGUGAUGGGAGAAGAAGAUAGGAUAGCAUUGCAGAUGAUUGAAGAAUUACUCAAUUGGAAUAAUUGUCCUAUGACUUCAAGUGGAGUUAGAGAAAUCAUUCCCAUGGAAUAUCAUGUACAUCCUCGUUUUAUCUUGCAUGGUGCAAUAAGCAGGAUUUUGCCUGGUACUUGUGGAUUUCGCUAUCCGGAAACUAGUAUUGUAAGCACCAAUGCAAACUGUUUAACCUAUUAA